AUGGCAAAGUGCUUAAACGGAGAAUUUAAUCAUCCGGAGGGUUAUGAUGGUGGAGCGAAAAACGUUAAGGUUGGAUCUUUACAAAUGUUUAUGAAAAAUUGUGGAAGUUGUGAGGAUAUGGGUCCUCGGGAUUUUCCGGUGGAGGAGGUGACCGUGUUGUUCUUAUUCCCGAUCGAUCAUGGCUACUGCUUACCCGAAAACUUUGAAGAUUGCACGUUUGAUUGGCUCUAUUGGCCACAAGCGCGGGAAGCAUUCUCAAAUGAAACCCUAGAGUACAUAAAAUCACUAGAUGCAGUGCAAGAUCUAGCCCUCUUGAGCUCAAAUGGGUGGGACCUAUCACACGAGUGUGCACGCACCCUACGCAUCUCCACCAUGCUUCUGAAAGAAGGUGCGGGUAGAGGAUUGUGUCCUUACGCGAUAGGGCGGAUUCUAUGUAGAGAAACACUAAACAAGGAAUCUGUAAUUGAGAAAAUUGUUCAGAAAGCUCACAAGAUGACAUUCCCUGGAACGAACGAAGCCGACUUCCUUAAAACCGUUUGGAACCUCCUGGAUUUUGAGCUGAAUAAGGUUUCAGAGAUGUUUAUGUGAGGUCUUAAGGGGUUUGUGUAGUUUGUAUAUGUAUAUUAUUAUGUACGCGAUGUAAAUGUGUGGAUGACUAACUUUGUCGUCCAAGAGUGAUGACAUUUUUAACAAGUAUCAACUCUAUCUAAAUACAGAAUUCUAAGGUUAUAUAAAUAAACUUUUCGCUUUUAGAUUAAUUUAAUGUUUGUUACAUUCAACAAUGUUAUUGUAAAAGUUCCAAC